GUUGUUUCCGAGCACAGCGCCGCAGCCCCGUGGGACUCCGGAUCGGCAACGGCAUCUCGAUUGCUCGACCGAGUGGGUUAAACCGCUGGAAUCAGUACGCCGCCUCCACCCAGAGAUCUCCGUCCAAAUAGAGCCAGAGGGGAAUUGUUUGCCCUGUUGAUAGGGUGCUUGAAUCUGCAAUGGUGGGCUCCUCCGUGUGGGAUGGGACUCUGUCUCCCGACGAGUUCAGCGCCUCGGCCAAGGCUCUGGUCAGCAAGUGGGGGCAGAUCGACGUCGACGACUCUCUUCCCGACUGGGCGUGGAGACCUUGCUGCAGAAUGGGCGUGCCAUCUGAGACGGAGGGGUUCCUAGCUCUCGAAGGAGUGUACCAGGUGGGUGGGCAGCCUAUUUCUCUGCUUAACAACGGCGUUGAUAAUGGUGGGGGGAUUGUAGAGCAUGAUACUUGGGUCCAGAGAUCUUGUGAUAAUGUUCAUGUAUAUGAUUUCCAUAUCGCCUACAGCUUUUCUUACAAGGUUCCGGUGCUAUACUUUCAAGGUCAUGAGGCUGGUGGGCAGCUACUAACUAUAGAUGAUAUAAAAAAGGACCUUUCUUCUCAGUCACUUAAAACAUUAAGUGAAUCAAAGUGGACGUUUAUUACUCGAGAGGAGCAUCCCCACCUAAGUUUGCCAUGGUUCACCUUGCAUCCCUGUGGAACCAGUGACUGGAUGAAGUUACUUCUUGAUAAAUUGGGAGAUAAGGACCGAUCUCUGCAGUACUUGUCAGCAUGGUUAUCUGUGGUUGGCCAGGCAGUAGGAUUGAAAAUCCCCCUCAAGCUUUACUGCAGUUCAUAGAUUCACCCUUAUUCAGUAUGUUGUAUUACUGUCAAGUAGCUGUGCCUGUGACAAUUAUGGCGACUGAACUGGGGAUCGCUCACCUCUUAUUUAUAUCUGUAUAUUUCUCAUAUUGAUCUGGGUUGAUGAUUUCACCAUUAUAUAAUUGUAAAUUACAUACUUUUAUUUCCUCUAUUAGAAUGUCACAAUU